CUGAAUGUUUCUCUGCAUCAAGUCACACAAACAAGUGGUGGGAGCAAUCCUGUCACAGCCACCUCACGGAUCAAGUGUCACAGGCAGCCAACCAGUAUAUAAGCUCUGGAUGCUUUCUUCCCCAGUAGAUCAAAAUAAACCUCAGUAAAGGCAGAAGCAUCCAGAAAAGCUCAAGCUCAACCAAAAGGGCAAAGAAGUGGAAAGAAUUAUCUGGGGUUAUAAGGACUCUACAUCAAACAACAGAAAUGGACAUCAAGACGGGUCAAAUAGUCCGGGCUCCAAGCCCAAUGGAGAGCCUAGAGAAGCAGUUGAGCUGCCCCAUCUGCCUGGACAUGUUCACCAAGCCGGUUGUCAUUCUACCAUGCCAGCACAAUCUAUGCCGGAGCUGUGCCAAUGACCUCUACGACUCCCAAAACCCAUACCACUAUUCUGGAGGUAUCUUCCGCUGCCCCACUUGCCGCUUUGAGGUGGUGCUGGACCGCCACGGUGUCUACGGUCUGCAGAGGAACCUUCUGGUGGAGAACAUCAUCGACAUCUACAAGGAACAAUUGGAGAAAGGAGGUAACGCCCUUGACCCCCCUUUGAAAUCCAAAGACACAAAGGAGCCUAUGUGCGAGGUACACGAAGAUGAAAGAAUAAACAUCUACUGCAUAACAUGCCAGGCACCCACUUGCUCCAUGUGCAAGGUAUUUGGUCAGCACAAGGACUGCGAAGUUUCCACUUUGAAAAAUGUUUAUGAAGCACAGAAGUCAGAACUGAAAAAUUCGAUUGACCUGCUAGGCGCUAGCAAUAGCUGUCUGCAGGCCAUGUUAAUGCAGAUGGAGGAAACCUGCAAAACCGUGGAAGAAAACAGCCAGCUACAGAAGCAGAAGCUGGCAGAGAAAUUUGACCUACUCUACACCAUCCUUGAGGAACGCAAGGGUCAGCUCCUUGAACAAAUUGCGCAAGAACAGGAUGAGAAGGUGGCGGUGGUGCAAUCUCUAGUCCAGCAGUACAGUGAACAGCUGCAGGCCAGCAUCAAGCUGAUGGACAAAGCCUCCCAGACCAUAGACAACAACUGUAUAGCGGAGUUCCUUGUCACUGCCAAGAAGCUCAUCACCGAAGCCAAAGAUGCUUCCAAGACAUCCCAUCUACAGAGGCCAGAGCCUGGCUUUGAGAAGAUGGACCACUUCAUGCUCUUCACUGAUGAUGUAGUUGCAAUGCUUGCAAAAAUGGACUUUAGAGAUGGUAAAGAUGAUGAUGAUGAUGAGGAAGAAGAAGAAGAAGAAGAGGAGGAGGAAUAAGCAAUUACUGACUUUAGAAAAAGACUUUGAGGGAAAAGAGGUGACAGUAGAUUGAAAACCCUUAUCAAUGCUUUGAUAAGGACAUCUAGCUGCUAACUGUGAGGAAAGGGAAGUGCAAUCUUUACAAGCAGUUUUUUGUACAAAUUACACCAUUUGUUAUGACUUUUCCACUUGACUUUUAUACUUUAUGUAUUCCUGUGGUUAAUAUGAUGAUUUUUUUUUAUAUUUCAUGUAGAAUGUAGAUAUUUAAGUUUAUACUUUAUUAGCUAAAUAAGUUUUGUUUGCCCAAUUGAAAUUAAAGCUAGAUUUAUGAGCUGUAGAACACAGCUGUGCUCAUUUCCUUGAGUGUCAUGUGAGAUCAAACUGUUUGAAUACUUGAAAUAAUAAACAAUGCACUUGACUGACUAACUGUAAUGUAAAAAUCAAUUAAUGUAAUUUUCACUGGAUAAUUUAGUGGGAAUAAAGGA